AUGUCCAAACAUCAGCAAGGUAGUAAUCAUCAUAUGAGAUCUUACCACUUAGAAUCCCAUGAAAUUCAUAAAUCAGAGGAAGCCUUUUUCCUUAAACCUGUCAUGAGAAUUGAUAUACUUAUAGGAAUAAACCCCCUUGCAACAUACUAG